AUGGCGAGAAGGGAACAAGGGGUCUUAGUGGAAAAGCUGGGCCAAGAGGACAGAGAGGACCAACGGGACCCAGAGGGCAGAGAGGGCCCAGAGGAGCAACUGGAAAAUCAGGAGCAAAGGGAACUUCUGGAAGUGAUGGCCCUCCUGGUCCUCUUGGAGAGAGGGGAUUGCCGGGGCCUCAAGGAGCUAACGGUUUCCCUGGACCAAAAGGACCUCCCGGACCACCAGGGAAAGAUGGGCUGCCUGGACAUCCUGGACAGAGAGGAGAAGUUGGAUUCCAAGGAAAGAUGGGUCCUCCUGGACCUCCUGGAGUUGUCGGGCCUCAGGGUCCAUCUGGGGAGACUGGCCCAAUGGGUGAGCGUGGCCACCCUGGACCCCCUGGCCCCCCUGGAGAGCAGGGUCUUUCUGGACCCUCUGGAAAAGAAGGCACCAAAGGAGAUCCUGGUCCCCCUGGAGGCCCUGGCAAAGAUGGCCCCCCAGGACUGA